CUUAGAUGUGUACGUGUGUGUGGUUGUCUCUGUGAGAGUGUGAAUGAUCGUGUGUGUACAUGGUUGUGUUUGUGUCUUUGCGUGUGCUGGGUUUCACUGUGAUGGCCAAGUCUUGCAUUAUGUCCGCUUGUGCUGGGUUUAUUUCGCUUUUUGCUGGGUUCGUAAGCGUGCCUGUGCCGGAAAGUUGCAUUGUCUGCAUCGAAUGAUUUGUCUUAGCACACGGCCUUGUGCGCGUGUUGUGUUAUUUAAUAGCUGUGUUUGUAUCGAGGUGUGAUUGUGUUUGGGGUGUGUGUAUAGAGCUUGUGUUGAGUUAAUAUGGAAUGUUGUGUUUAGCUUGAGUUGAGUAUUGUAUCGGUAUUGUAUCGAGUUUUGUGCUUUGUUUGAGUUGGGGGGGAUAUUUUGUGCUGUUUUAUACCGUAAUUGUGAACUGUGUUGAUUUGUAUAGCGUUGUGUUUGUGUUGAGAGUUUUUCAUUGUUUGUAGAAAUAGUUGUGUUUGUACAGGGGGGUUUUGUGUUGGCAUGUAUUGGUGGAGUUGCUGUGCUGGGUUUGUUUAGAUUACAGUAUUCUGUUAGGUUUACAUUGCGUUUGGUACUGUGUAGGGGUUGUACUAUAGAGUGUUGUGAUGGGUUAGUGUUGAGUGUAGUAUUGUGUAGGGGUUGUACUAUAGAGUGUUGUGAUGGGUUCAUCUUGAGUGUAGUAUUGUGUAGGGUUUGUAUAGAGUGUUGUGAUGGGUUAGUGUUGAGUUUAGUAUUCUGUAGGGUUUGUAUAGAGUGUUGUGAUGGGUUAGUGUUGAGUGUAGUAUUGUGUAGGGUUUGUAUAGAGUGUUGUGAUGGGUUAGUGUUGAGUGUAGUAUUGUGUAGGGGUUGUACUAUAGAGUGUUGUGAUGGGUUAGUGUUGAGUUUAGUAUUGUGUAGGGGUUGUACUAUAGAGUGUUGUGAUGGGUGCAUGUUGAGUGUAGUAUUGUGUAGCGGUUGUACUAUAGAGUGUUGUGAUGGGUUAGUGUUGAGUUUAGUAUUGUGUAGGGGUUGUACUAUAGAGUGUUGUGAUGGGUUAGUGUUGAGUGUAGUAUUGUGUAGGGUUUGUAUAGAGUGUUGUGAUGGGUUCAUCUUGAGUUUGGUAUUGUGUAGGGGUUGUACUAUAGAGUGUUGUGAUGGGUUCAUCUUGAGUUUGGUAUUGUGUAGGGUUUGCAUAGAGUGUUGUGAUGGGUUCAUGUUGAGUUUGGUAUUGUGUAGGGGUUGUACUAUAGAGUGUUGUGAUGGGUUCAUCUUGAGUUUAGUAUUGUGUAGGGUUUGUAUAGAGUGUUGUGAUGGGUUCAUCUUGAGUUUGGUAUUGUGUAGGGUUUGUAUAGAGUGUUGUGAUGGGUUCAUCUUGAGUUUAGUAUUCUGUAGGGUUUGUAUAGAGUGUUGUGAUGGGUUAGUGUUGAGUGUAGUAUUGUGUAGGGUUUGUAUAGGGUGGGAAACAAUAAAAUAAAAAAUAUAUAAAACAAUAAAAACACUUUUAGUUUCCCUUCUACGUGACUUUACCGAAAGAACCAAGAAUAUGAAUCCCUGCAGUCAGGAAAGCUUUAAAUCAAGAUUUGUAUAGAUUCUUGGGAUGGGUGCAUCUUGAGUUUGUGUUAACUUUAUGGUCGAGCUGUGUGUUGGCUUUGUGUAACAUUUGUGCCACGUAUGUACGUCUCGCGUAGCAUUGGGUUUGUGCCAUGCGUUUGUCUCUAUCCGGCUUGGCAUUUGUCUCAAGCCGGGCCUGUGCUUUGCUGCUGCUCUGCACAGUAGCUGUGAUUUUGUCGGGCUGCAUCAGAUUUUCUCGACCUUAUUUGUUUCGUACGAAAAUUUGCGCUGUUUUUGUGUAUGACCAAGGUUGCGAUUGAGUCCGCAUUGCGACGGCUUUGAUCGAUGUGUGCUGGCGCUGUAUAAUGUUACACCAAUCUUAGUGGGAUUGUGUCUUGUUGUGUAUUGCCAGCUUUGUGUGGAGUCAUAAAUUCGUCCACUUUGUGCCACAGAUUGUAAAUCUUUCACUAGCCCGGAGGCUUUUGCCUUCCCAUGUCACCGCAAGUGUUGUGGUGGUUCAUGUUGCUAUAACGAUAUUAUUUACCACAAUAUUGUCUUAAGUGGUAAAAAAAAAACGAUUCCAUACGUGCUUACUACGUACAGUGUCUUUUAUUGUCCAGCCCUCGGUCGUAAAAGAGAGAGAGAGAGAUAAGGAGCGUGCAAAGUUAUUAAAAGUUAGGCUUCUUGCAUUCAACAUAAUAACGUAGGCCAGGGCUGGGAAAAAUGUUCCCUACCGGAGGGCGAUUUUUCUGGCCACACAUUAACGAACGACCUGAAGUGUUUUUGAAUAAACGCAAAAUAAUAAUAAUAACGAGCGCUCACCUUUCACUGCUCUGAUGCGAUGCAUGUCGUCUACUUUCCACUCAGUAUCACACGCUGGCGAUGUGGGGCUCGCGCUCCCAAAGUAGACGACGCGAGGAUUAGACACUUGGCGGUGGAUGGACACGGUUAUCGCUUGUGUGGGACCGCUACGGGCCCAUACGCGAAAACGAAGCUUUUUGGCCGUGUCGACAGCCGAAAGAAGCAGUAGGGUGUGUGUGGGCUGUGAGAAAACAAAACGCGAGAACGAGAUGGACGGCAGGUGCCACCACAACGAGACGAUCACCUUCUUCUACAACAACAGCGGAAAGCCGCUGUACGACGAGUGGACCGUGAGCAGCACGGUGGUCAUGGUGCUCGGCUUCGCCUUGUGCCUCUUCAUCAUGCUGGCCAACGUCCUCGUCAUGUCCGCCGUGUACAUCAACAAGAAAUUCCACCACCCCAUCUACUACCUCAUGGCCAACCUGGCGGCGGCGGAUUUCUUUGCGGGAGCGGCGUACGUCUACCUGAUGUUCAACACGGGGCCCAACACUCGCAAGCUGUCGCUGCCGACCUGGAUGCUGCGCCAGGGGCUCAUAGACACGAGCCUCACGGCCUCCGUCGCCAACCUCCUGGCCAUCGCCAUCGAGCGGCACAUCACGGUGUUCCGGAUGCAGCUGCACACGCGGAUGAGCGAGCGGCGCGUCGUGGUCGUCAUCGCGAUCAUCUGGCUCGUGUCCAUCAUCACCGGCGCCAUUCCCAGCAUGGGCUGGAACUGCAUCUGCAGCAUCGGCACGUGCUCCACCAUGGCGCCCCUGUACAGCUCCAGCUACGUCAUCUUCUGGGCCGGCUCCAAUCUCUCCACGUUUCUGAUCAUGGUGGGACUCUACGGCCACAUCUUCGUGCACGUGUGGAGGAACACGAUACCCGUGUCGCGGAAUUCCUCCAAGUCCACCCAGAGGCGGGAGGCCACCAUGAGCUUGCUCAUAACGGUCACCAUCAUGCUGGGAGCCUUCAUCGUGUGCUGGACGCCGGGCCUCGUGAUUCUGCUGCUGGAUUCGUUCUGCUCGGACUGCAAUGUCCUGGCCUUUGAGAAGUACUUCUUGCUCAUAGCGGAGCUCAACUCCGCCAUGAACCCCAUCAUCUACUCGUUUCGGGACAAAGAGAUGGUCGCCACUUUCAAGCGCAUCCUGUGCUGCCGAAAGGCAAACGCCGUUGUCGCCAAUGGCUCCGACAACUUCGACAAAUCAACGUCCACGCCGAAUCACAACCUGGUCACGCCGAUCAGUCAAGUGACCACCACGAGUGAGAUGAAGAUCAAUCAGUUGUCUAAUAUCUAAUUGGGCUCACGAAGCAAGUUUUUUCUUGGAAGUCUGUUGUUUCAAAUAUAUAUUUUUUACACAAGUCAUGUUUAACUUCGUAAGUGUUUCUUGAAUGCAGUGCUUUACUGGAGGAUGCAUUGUAUCUAGUUGGUUCUCUUUCUGUUAAAAUGACGGCUCCACCCCCCCCCCGCACACACGAACUACAGUGUUGACUUGGCCACCCUCGUAAGCGUUCGUGUUAAAGUGGCUGUGUGUGUGUGUCCUUCAGGAACAUUGUAAAAAAAAAUUCUCGUAUUUUGAAAGCUUCGCUCAAUAUUCCUAUAUUUAUUUCACCUUAUUUUGGGGGCCACUAAACACUCGUUCAGAAUUUUGUAUCGAGCACAUUUUGCGUUUUUUUCUUUUGAGCAAGGGCAUAGUCUGUGCGUGCUUGUACACCAUCCACACAUUGUUUUACUCGCGUGAAAAUGCUGCCUUCGUUUUGAGAGAAAAGUCGGUGCCGCCGCUGUAAAUGUAAUUAUUGUGACAGUUGCUUUUAGAAAGCUGGUGGUUUACUAUAUAUUAUAUUUGUAAUGUAUAAACAAGAUGCUGGACCAACAGGCAGGGUUGAUUGGAAGCGACUGCUCGUUUUUUUUGUUUUUCCCUCACUUCACAUUGGCAGUAUUCACAAAGGCCCGGUGUAUUUUGCUAAGCGUGAGCAUUGUGUAACCUUCGCAAGGUAUCUUGUGACGAAACGGCAAUAUUUAACUUUUUCGCACUGUACAAAUGUUGGAGAUGCGGGUUUCGUCGAGAAGAGAGUUGCAGCACCGUUAUUUUCCCGUUGAUUAAUUAACGUUCACCUUUAUUAUUUAAUGACGGCCACAUUUCCAGAGUGCAGUGAUUGUACCGAAAUGUGGGCGCAGUCGCACCAGUCAUAUCGAUGUAUCCAAAGAGGACAGAUUCUACUGGCUGCGAAGGAAGGAAGGCCACAGCGACGUUACAAUGUUAUCUACAGCAAGUCGUAGGCCGCACUGUGAAUUGUUUGUGCUGUUGAGAGCUGGGCCGCUGCACGCUUUGGUAUCGCAGCAAUGUGAAAAGUGCACUGAUUACGAGAACCCGUGAUCGAAACUUUGCGGUUGGGAAAUAGCGAAGGGAGGGAAUGACGCUCCCACCGUUACAUUGAGGGCAGUUCUCGCUGUGGUUGAAGUCUCAGCAAAUAUAUUUUAAUAUUAUUAUCAUCAGUCUGUGUCCCAGUUCAUUAAGUUAAAGUGUUUCUGUGCGGUGUUGAAACUUCCCACUCUAAACGACUGAAACUGCAAGAAAAGUCUUCAAGAAUGAGUUAUUUUGCAGAGCGACGUUUCUCUUUGCGAUAAGAUAUCAUGAAACCUGGGUACAAUGUUUGUGUGUGUGCACCCUUGUGUAGAUAAUGCAUACUCGAAUAAAAACCUAGUUGCAUUUGGUACGCUUCGUACCAAACAGCGUU